UGAGAACUCACAGUGGAAACAUCCUUGCCCCGACAGACCAGCAGGCAUCCACCAUACAUUUUACAUUCUGAAAGGAAAACCAUGCCCCCAGCGUAAUGUCAGCAAAAGUUGCAUUACAGAAGUUCUCCUUUCCAUUUGCCAGCUCUGUAAGCCUUUCUUCUCAAGACAAGGUGACCCAAGGGGGAUGUGUACUGGUAAAGGACACAGAAUUUCUUAAACUUAAAGAGAAUCCAAUAUUAGGUGAGCAGAACCAUAUUACAGUUGUGCAGGCAUUAGUGGAAAAUGAGGACCAAGCUCUGGAGAGCACAAACCCUCCUGAUGGGGGAGACACAGUAGCUGCUCAGUGCUUUGUCAGGGCUCAAGUCUCCCAGAUUGAUGUGGUUGCCAGGCAGAGCAUAGCCGAAAAUCUGAGAGUGGAGGUUGAGGAUCAACGUCCAGCAGCAAAGAGGCAGCUGUCCUCAGAGAGUGCAGCAAAGUCCAUCACAGCUGUGAAAAAGAGUGCACUAAGGAAGGAGCCAAAUGAACUUAGACACCUGAACCAGAAAGCACAACUGGGACAGAGGGGGGAACUAAAUGCUGCUCUGCCAGGCCAAAGAAAGUGCAGCAAGGACCUCUUCAAAAGCUCAGAGGUCUUCCAUAGGCUGGACUCCCAUGUUAUCAGGACAGGAGCAGAGUUGAAACAAAAGUGUGUGUAUGAUGUGAAGACAAUUGUACAAAGCAUCACACAGGGAGCCAGAAAUGAGCUGGAGCAACUCCGUGCCAUCUGGGUGUGGCUGUGCAACAACAUUGAGUAUGAUGUGGGUGGGUUUCUUGGCCACUCAGAAAAGUUGAGCUCAUCAGAGGAGGUGAUAGCUGCCGGUCGGGGAGUCUGCUGUAGCUACUCCAAUCUUUGUACAGAGAUGUGCAGGGAAGUGGGCAUUGAGUGCCAAGAAGUGACAGGGCACAGUAAGGGCAUUGGUUACCGUCAAGGUCAAAGCCUAAAGCAUAUAAAGUCGGAUCACCUGUGGAACGCAGUGCUUCUGGGAGGGGAAUGGUUUCUCCUGGAUGCCUGUUGGGGAGCUGGACAAGUAGAUAUGCAACAUGAAAGCUUUGUCAAAAGGUUUGAUGACUUCUAUUUCCUAACUGACCCAGAGGAAUUCAUCGAUUCACACUUCCCAGAUGAAGAGAAAUGGCAGCUUCUGGACAAGCCCAUCUCUAUCGAGGAAUUUGAACAAAGGGUCUUCAAAACCUCAGCCUUCUUCACCAUGGGGCUCAGGCUGAUAAGUCCUCUUCAUCAUAUCAUCACAGAUGAUGGGGAGGCAACUGUAUCCCUCGGCUUCUCCAGGCCAACAACGUUCACCUAUGAGAUCACACGGCAUCAAGAUCUCCUCCACUGUGGAGCUUUAGAGCGGAAAGACUCAACCACUUCAUCCUUUGGUCUUCUAACGGUCUCUCAUCGGAGCAUGAAGUUGCAGCUACUGCCACCUGAAAGUGACACAUAUGAUGUCAAAUUGUUUGCAAGAUUUGAAAACGCUACAACACCUCUGGUUUGGGUUUGCUCCUUCACUGUUGAAUGUCCAAACCCAAGGGCCACUGAGGACAUCCCAGAGAACCCUUUUCUGUCCUGGGGCCUACAGCCUUUUGCGGGAUCCUUGGGUGUCGUAGGCAGUUCUCAGAACAGUGAGAUUGCCGAAGUGGAAGAUGGGGUCUUUGACCUGGUGUUGAAGACUAGUAGGCCUCUAAUAGUGUUAUGUGAACUUGUCCACCCACAAAUGGAAAGUGAUAUAGCCAGGUGCUGCCUGGCGACUCAGAUUCAACCGGAUAGCCUAACGUGUCAUAUCUUGUGCCCUUUUCAUGGUUUCUACCGACUUUCCUUAUUUGUGCGGGACUUUGAGAAAACAGAUGUCAAAUUCCAGAAUGCUGUGAAUUACCUGUUGCACUGCAAAGGAAAGGUUGUUGGAUUAGAAGAGUUGUUUCCUCCAGAUCUGGGCUCAGCAUGUGGGCCAGGAACCCGAACGGCUAAGGCAGGAUUAUCUAGGUUCAGCCACAAUUCAGCCAUGAUAAGUACCCAGCAAGGCAAGUGUAACAUCACCUUCUACAACCAGCAGGACUUUGAACUUCACUAUGUACUCAGCAAAAAGUGCAAAAACUCAACUUUUCCACUUUCACGUUACAUAUUCUGCACCUACACAGACCGCAAGGUGACUGUGAGUCUCAGCCUACCUGAGGCUGGGGUGUAUCGACUAGGAAUCUAUGCCCGGAUCACCUCUGGUGGAGAUUUCAGCCUAAUGUGUGAUUUUAUUUUGAGGAACAACUCCCCUCAGACAAGACCUCCGUUCCCCUGUGUCUACUCUGCCUGGGGGAAAGGCUGCGUGCUGUUUGAACCUCGUGUUGGCCUGCUUGAGCCACUCUCCUGGGUCCUUUUCAGGGUUCGAGUCCCUGGAGCCCUCCGGGUAAGUGUGGUGGUAGAGGGCCGAACUGAUCUAAAACUGAACAAGAGCAGAGUCUGGGAGGGGGAAGUUUUCAGUGGAAGCAGCCUUCAGCAGCUGAAACUGACUGCCUCUUUUGGUGAGACCAGUGAGAUGUCUGUUUUGAUGAUAUUUGAUGUAAAGCAGCUUGAGAAUGAAGGUGCUCAUAAGGACUAACGGAAAUCAGUUUGCAGUUCAGAGUCAAGGCAAACCAUUCAAACUGUGAGUUGUUGUCUUUUAAAAACGCAGAAAUCUUUACAAUAAGGGUUAAACCAUCUGAUAUUAAGGUGUAAAUAUGUUUACCAACUAUGUUUCUGUGAAGCUCUAUAAACAGUGGCAGAGAACACACGAUUUAAUAAUUUCAAGAUGUUCAACAUGUAGCAGUAAUACCAUUAAAUAAUUAUCUUCUGUAUAAUGUUAACUGUCUCUCAUAAUGUUGUACACGUAUGGAGCACCCCAGUCAGAUGGUGGGCUGGGCUUUGAUUAGACCGUUAAAACACCUUGUUUAAUUUCUUUGUCAGCCAAUCUGCUAUAGAAUUAUUGCACUGUUCUGAGUCAAUUUUUGUUGUAUGACCCAAUGUUACGUAAGCAUAGGCAGUUGGUCAAAUAUCUUCUAGACUGACUCCUGAAGACUGGUAUACAGUGUUCAUGGUUGAUUAACAGAGAACAAGAUGUUAAGGCCCUGCUGCUGCAGAGAAAGGCAACAUCUACAGACCUCUGGCAUUGUGCUUGACUUUGGUGGGAGGUACUUCUUGUGCUCUUUGAUUGUUUGACUAAACAUCUCCAUUUCGAUCUCAUCUGUCUAAAAUACAUGUCUCACUGGCCCUGCCUUUGGUAAAAAAAAAUAAUGAACCAGUGUAACAAGCAUCUAUUAUCUGGCAUGCUAUUAACCUCGUUUUAUGAGAACAAAGACCAGAUGCAUUUCAUAGUUAUAACAAUCUCCCUAAAGCUAAUUAUUUAAAAACGAUGCACCCAUUUAUGGUCCCAUGACUGUAACCUUUUACAUAACAAGCAAAACCUUCAAGCUUGAUAAAUGGUGCUAAGUGGUGUAGUUACAUCAAUCAAGAAUGUUUUAGCAUAUGGUCAGUGUGGUAUGUAAUGCCAAACUGCUGUCAAAAGGAAUGCAAUAAAAAUGUAUUAUGAAGACAACUCCA